GCGGGCGCACGGAGGGCGCGGGGCGGGCGCAGGGCGGUGGCUCCGCUCCCGGCUCCGGUUGCCCCGCGGCCCCCUCGCCGGCGGCCGCCCCGGGCCCGCGCCGCUUUAAGGAGAGAGGGGGGCCGCCGAGCGCCCGUCCCAUCUGGUGUCCGUCCAACUCUUCCUCCUUCCCCCCGGCUUUUUCUUUUCCCGAUGAGCUCGGGCGGGCUGGGGGAGGAGCGGGGGAAGGAGCAAACUUUGCCCCUGAGCUGCCGCCGCUGCAGGCGCUCCGGACCGUGAGCGCGCGGGGGGCGCCCGCCCCGUCCUCCGGCAGCGCCAGCCUGCGCUCCGCCCGCCGCAGCCUCCCUCGCCUCGCCUUCCUCCUCGACGUUUCGCACAGUACGAUGUGGAGGGCUUGUCGUUAUUGUUAUAUUUUUAAUUUAUUUCUCACGGAAGAUGGUUUAAUUUUUUAUAUUUCUAUUAUUUAUUAAUCCCUCCCAACCGUAAACCUGCCCAGCCUUCUGCCGGCCGGGCCAGAGCAUAAAGCCUGGGACCGCACCUGGGGCGAUGAGCCCUGCGCUGAAGAAGCCUCCUAGAGGGAUGUGCCUGGGCCGCGCAACAGACUAGAUCCAAGCCCCGAAGCUUACACCACCGGUUCUCCCCUCUCCCUCGUUCCCUUCGCCCGCCUUUCCUGCACCCCAUCCCCUCGAAACCUCGGAUCGGUGCCUGCGCUGCGCUCCGGAGACCUUUGCCGGGUGGAAAGCCCGGAGCCUGAGGAGAGACGGGGCGGCCGUGCUAGAUGCAUGGGGGAGGGCUCCGGUUAAUGCAAGUUCUGGGCUCCUGCAGGGACCCCGACAACUGUCAGCAGCAGCAGCAACUCGGGGCCUCCUCCUCUGCUUCCUCAGCGAUGCUUUUCCACAGCCUGUCCGGCUCGGAGAUGCACGGGGUCAUCGACGAGAUGGAUCGGAGAACCAAAAGCGAAGCACCCGCCAUCAGCUCGGCUAUAGACAGGGGAGAGACCGAAACGCAGACCAUGCCUUCCAUCAGCAGUGACCGGGCUGCCCUCUGCGCCGGCUGCGGAGGGAAAAUCUCCGACCGUUAUUACCUCCUGGCUGUGGAUAAACAGUGGCACAUGCGCUGCCUCAAGUGCUGCGAGUGCAAACUCAACCUGGAGUCCGAGCUCACCUGCUUCAGCAAGGACGGCAGCAUCUACUGCAAGGAGGAUUACUACAGGAGGUUUUCGGUGCAGAGAUGCGCGAGAUGUCACCUGGGGAUUUCUGCCUCCGAAAUGGUCAUGAGGGCCAGGGAUUUGGUAUAUCACUUAAACUGCUUCACUUGCACCACUUGCAACAAGAUGCUGACCACCGGCGAUCACUUUGGUAUGAAGGACAAUCUGGUGUACUGCCGCCUCCAUUUCGAGACUCUCAUCCAGGGGGAGUACCAGGUGCAUUUCAAUCACUCGGAUGUAGCUGCUGGGAAGGGCCCGGCAUUGGGAGCGGGCUCUGCCAACACUUUGGGACUGCCUUAUUACAACGGCGUGGGGACUGUCCAGAAGGGGAGACCCAGGAAAAGGAAGAGCCCAGGGCCUGGGGCUGAUCUGGCAGCCUACAACGCAGCUCUAAGUUGCAAUGAAAACGAUGGUGACCACCUGGACAGAGACCAGCAAUACCCCAGCAAUCAAAAAACAAAGCGUAUGCGGACAUCAUUCAAACACCACCAGUUGCGGACAAUGAAGUCGUACUUUGCUAUUAACCACAAUCCUGAUGCCAAGGACUUGAAACAGCUAGCUCAGAAAACCGGCCUGACCAAGAGAGUUCUGCAGGUUUGGUUUCAAAAUGCUCGAGCCAAAUUCAGACGGAACCUCUUACGUCAAGAAAACACAGGGGUGGAUAAGACUUCAGACUCAACACUACAAGCAGGGACCCCAUCAGGUCCUGCCUCAGAAAUAUCCAAUGCCUCCAUGAGUCCAUCCAGCACUCCCACUACUUUAACGGACUUGACUAAUCCUACUAUGCCUACUGUGACAUCUGUCUUGACGUCAGUGCCGGGAAGUCUUGAGGUUCAUGAAUCUCGAAGUCCUUCACAGACAACUCUUACGAAUCUUUUCUGAUGACUCUUUCUUAAUAAUUUCUUUAAAAAAGAAAUUAUUCUUAGUUGAAAUUCCAAGUGUAUUUUAAUAGAGGCUUUGAGCAACUGACUAACCACAAUUAGGAUCUCUCCUAAAAAACAGAAGGAAGUGUAGUGUUCUGGUGUUACAGAGUAUGGACGGAAGAAUAACUUGGAAGAUCUAUCGCAACACAACAUUUGUGUAACUGUACAGUUUUGUGGACUGAGCAAGGGAAACAGCAAUUAAUUUAAGUUGGCUAAAGCUUCUGUAUUUUCAAAGACUGCCAUGUGCCUUAUACACUGUUUUACCUACAUAAUUUGGAUUCCAUGUCCACUUCUCUCUUUUUCUCUCUGUAUAUUUAUGACCAGGGCAAAAAUGUUAAGAGUUUGUUACUUUGAAUAGUCCUAAGCCUUUCAUUGGUUGCUUUGUUGUUUUAGAAUUUUAAGGUCGAAGUCUGUUCGAAUACCAGAAUUUGUAAAAUCUAACCAGUAAUAAAACCACUUAUGGAAACUACUUGGUAAUGGCUGCAGUUACAUUUAAUAAUAGUGUCACGAUCAAGAUAGGCUGAUUGUGUUUAAAAGGAUUAGAAAACUGCACUUCAAACACAGUAUCUGCCCAGGAUAAACUCUAAAUAUGAUGUAUAUGUUCCUCCUGUUCCUGAAGUGUAUCUGAAUGAGAAAUCCAGCUUGUACAACAGUCUGGAUGUUCUCAUUAUAGAGAAAUCAAUAAUUGGUAGUUGCAGGUAGAAGUUAUCAGAUAAUGUUGUAAUUCAAACAGAAAAACUAGACUUAAUUUUCCUAUGUGAAAGAAACUUGACUUCAGCUGGCAUUUAUGAGAAGAGCCCUGCUUUUGUGCAAGAGGGGGCUCAUGCCAUGUGAUAGAGGAGGCAAGCGGGGGUCUGACAGCUGUGUGGCCACAAUCCGUCUGUUACAAAGGGGGGCACUGGAUCGUGUUUUCCUUAGGAGAAAGAUAGAAGUAUUUCAGGUUAUGUUACAACACUGGUGGGCAAAGCUGAGGCAAAGUUAUGUUCCAUAAAGUCACAGCCUUGCAUUUUUUGUAAUGCUUUGAAGGAAUAAAAAACCCAAGGAAGACUAUGGUAUUAUUGAUACCAAUAAAUGUGGUUAUUCCUUUAAUGAUUCUGGACAUUUCCAGACAAUUGAAUUACUUCUCCCAAAAAAUCUGUGCAGAAUAUAACUCAUAUUUUGAGUUUAUUUCCCAUUGUUUUUAAAGAUGGUUUUCUGUAACUAAAGAAAUACCUCAGCAAAGUAUAACUGUGUAUCUGAAUGAGUAUAGGCGAUGCUGUUUGCCCAGUGGUUUUAUAGAUUUUGAGUGGUACAUAAGAUGCGUAUGGUUGUUCCUUUCCCAACCUGUUACAAUCAGUCUGUUUCAGUCAAUUGUUAGGUUGUAUGUGGCUGGCUCUCUAAAACUAAUCCGGCAUUCCCAUUGGAUCAAAAUUGUUCAAAUAUUAUUCCAAAUAAAUAUCAAGAUAGGUGCCAAGAUUUGUGUCCUUUGCCCUUUUCCAUGCACUGAAGAUGAUUUAGUAGGUAACAACGUUUUGGUUUUAAAAGCACUACAUUUAUUCAGCUUUCUCAGCUGAAAAUUUGCCGGUUUUGUGCCAGCCAAAUUCCUAUCGAGAUCAGUGAGAGAUCUCUGAGAAUGAGGGCUGUGGGAUAGAAAUGCUGACAUAAUCAGGUCACUUAUUAACCUUUUCUACACUUUGGCUUAAAAAACCUCACAGGUGAGUUCUCUGAAAAGGAAGAGAGUCCUAAAAAGUCAUAACUAGCCAAGGUCUGUGAAAGGGAUUGCUUUCCAACCACUAAACCCAAUAGGCCAUCACAGUUCAAUAAGAUUAUGCACAACGAUGAAACAUUAGAAAAGAUAAUUUGGGUUGAAUUAAUAACUGUUACAGGUCUGUCUAAGGCAUUUUUCCUCAUAAUAUAAUUGUCUAAUAUGGAACUGGUGCUGGUUACUGGGCUGUAAGAGAGUGCACAUCCACUUUUCAAAGCCACUCCGACACCGAUUCUGCUGUGUACGGUGUUUUGUUCAUUGUCAAUAACCUUGGAGGGGUUUUGUGGACAUGUUUACCUGGGUCUUUUCUGGAUUAAAAAGGCAAUGUUGGUCCUCUGUUAACUGGAUACAGCCCAUAAACCCUGUGUAUUAACCUGUAAACAGUUUAAAAACCUGAACCCUGAAUUCUGAAGUGUAACGGCAAAUGUAGCAAACAAUUCAAAUGGUUCUUUAAACUUGCAGUGCUAUCAUUUGUGAUCUUGUAUGUUAACUACCUGAAUCCACACGGAUGGGAAUACCUUUCAAAUCAAUUCUCAAUAUUGCCUUUUCAAAUAACUGACAUUUAUGAAGGGGACUACUCUUGUGUUAAUCUUCUCUAAAACGUAUAAGAGACAAUUAGAGAAAUUGUCCAGUUUGAUCAAAUCAGGGAUUUUGCAUAUAAAUAAGAGACAAUAUUCUAUGUAGGGUCUUUAUGUAGGUGCAUUAGGAUUCACUCUCUGGCUCCAAUGACCUAUGUUGUCCCCAUGACUGUUUCAAUCCUGUGGUAUUGUUUGGUUGUUUAGAGCUUGUUGGUUUUGAAUGCUGUACAUUUUUUUUUACUACUGCAAUCCUAAUGUUUCUUCACAUCCUUGUACAGUUCCACAUUUGAUGUAUUAGUCUGAAAUUAUGUUAAAAACAUGAACAAAAAUGGAAAUGAUAUUUCUUUGGAAGUGUAUUUUUACUGUAUACCUAAUUUGAACUAGUUGAACAUACUUCUUUACAUUUUGCAUGAUAGGCGUGUAGUUCAUUUUUUAAAUAUGAAAGAGACUUAAGGGUAACUUAGAACGAGAAUAUAA